AUGGCGGAAAAAGCACAAUAUUACCUUGAAAAGUCUUUUCCUGAAAUACUUGAUCUGCAGAAGAAAAAAAUAUUUACACCUGUGGAAAUAAAUUCAAUUUUAAAAAAAAGAAGCGAAUUUGAACAUGCACUAUCACGCAGAAUUGUGAAAAAGAGUGAUUUUUUGAAAUAUAUAGAGUAUGAAAUGAAUUUAGAAGCAUUGCGCAAAAAAAGAGCAAAAAGAUUAAAUAUUAAAGGAAAGCCAACAAUUUCAGAUUGGGGAGGUGUACGGCGUAUUUUUCUUAUUUUUGAAAGAGCUACAAAAAAAUUCCAUGGUGAUAUUGAUUUAUGGUUUCAGUAUAUCCAUUAUGCACAGCAUGAAAAAUCGACAAAGAUCAUCGGAAGAGUUAUUGCUUCAGCAUUACAAUUCCAUCCUACAAAACCUAAAUUAUGGAUAUUUGCAGGAUACCAUGAAUUAAACUGGAACAACAAUAUGUCUGCCGCACGAGCAACAAUGCAACGAGGCUUACGAUUAAACAUGCAUUCUCCUGAGCUUUGGACUGAAUACUGUAGAAUGGAACUGCUUUAUAUUAUAAAACUAUCAACACGACACAAAAUACUAGGAAUUUACGGGACCGAGGAUAAUAAAAGUGAUCACGAAUCAAUUCAAGAUGAAAUAGUCCAAGGCAAAGAUAUCGAAGAAGUAGCUCAAGAAAAAAACGUUGUCAAAACAAUAAAUGAUGAUUGUAUUAUUCUUUCCGAGACAGCUUUUGAGAAAUACGAAAAAACUCAUUCAAUUGUACCUACUAAUACGGAUCCAAAGCAAUCAAGUGGUUCAGUGCCAAAUCUUCGAGAUAAUCCUGUAAUGAAUGGCGAAAUUAUAUCUAUCAUAAUCAAAACAUCAAUCCAACACAUACAAAAUAAUAUUGAAUUAUUAGAAUCAUUCUACAACAUGAUUGAGUCAUUUGAUAACCUAGAAUGCAAAUAUAGGCUGCUUGACGAAAUAGUAUCCUUGAUCCGAGAAGUAGCCACUAUUGAUCUUGCUGAAGUAGCACUUUUAACAUUACCACUGCAUAAAUUUUUAAAAAACGUGUCCAAUACAUCCUUUCCUGAUGCACUCAAAUCAUCACUUUUGGGAUUCGAAACGCUCACCACACAAACUAACUGUUCUAUCAUGUCAUAUGAAAAAUUCUGUCUUUUAUUAAAUUCAUUUCUUGAUAAAGAAGGGCUCGACCACAACCUUUGCAUUAUAAUCAGCUGCUUUUUGCACACUACAUUAAAGAAACUUGAAACAUUAGGUCCUCUUUCUCCUAAACUUAAAAAAUUACAAAAGCGCUUUACUUCUAUUCCCGAAACAAACAUGAAUUCUGACCCAGAUACAGGCUCCAGAGCACCGAUCUGA